AUGCGGGAUUCCGGCGAGGUGGAAGUGCUGGAAGACGUGAUAGAGGAGGAGCAGGAUGAACUGGUCCCCAACCCGUUUUACCCGACCCCCGUGGUCACCCCUCCCGAUGUGACCGUCGAGAUGGAGGAGGAGGCCGUGCUGGCCGCUGAAGCAGAGGAGGCCGAUGAGGAGGCAGUACCUGCUAAGUCAGACUCGAGCGAGUCCGAGGAUGGAAACGCGAACGAAGCUGACGAGUGGGGCGACGAAGGGGAUGAAUGGUGGGCCCCUGGUCGCUAUGAGGGGGCUGAGAGAGGUGAGUCAAUGGCGGUGCUUUCGGGCAACAUCCCUGCUCCCCCUCUGCCGGAGGGAUACAAGAGGGAGGAGGAAGGGAAAAAGGAGGAGGAGGAGGAGGAGGAGGAGGAGGAAGAGGAUGAAGCCGUGCUGGCCGAUGAGUACGUGGAGUAA